UAACCUUUGGAAUGAGGGUAAUAGGCCAAAUCUGAAGUCCUUCCAAGGGUGUGGCUGUGUUCAUCUUAUUUCCCCAGACCAAGCAGAACAGCGGGUAAGCCCGAGACGGACAGACACAUCCAGCAGCCAGAGGACACGGUGGACAGAGCGGAGCACUGUAGACAACAUGCCAUUCUUCGGGUCCAAGUCCCUGCUGCUUGCCAUGGCUCUCACUAUUCCCUCUGACUGGCUGCCCCUGGGGGUCAGUGGCCAACGAGGAGAUGAUGUGGCUGAGACAUUCACAGAAGACCCUAAUCUUGUGAAUGACCCUUCUACAGAUGAAACAGUUCUGGCUGAUAUCACACCUUCCACAGAUGAGCUGGGUGAAGAUGGCUCAGUGACCAAGAAGUGCCGGGAUGAGAAAUUUGCUUGCACAAGACUGUACUCUGUCCAUCGGCCAGUCAAACAGUGUGUUCAUCAGGUCUGCUUCACCAGCUUGCGGCGUAUGUACAUCAUCAACAACGAGAUCUGCUCCCGACUUGUCUGUAAGGAGCACGAGGCUAUGAAAGAUGAGCUUUGCCGGCAGAUGGCUGGCCUGCCUCCAAGACGCCUCCGUCGCUCCAACUACUUCCGACUUCCUCCCUGUGAAAAUAUGAAUUUGCAGAGACCCAGUGGUCUGUGAUCAUCAAGGAAGAAAGAAGAACGUGUCGGGGAGAGGAAUCAGGCAUUCCUUCUCCUCCAGCCACCGGCGUCUGUCCCAGAAACAUGUAUUUUUUAAAGUAAGCCCUUUGCAAUGUCCAGGCUUUGACCCUACUCUCUAAUCUGCACCGGAACUGGUAACUCUUGUCUCAUUUUGCAAUACUGACAAUACACGGUCUAUGUUGUUU